GUUUCAGACCACUAUCUUUUUGUUUAGAUAUGUUGGCAAAUUAAAGUCAAUACUGUGCUAGUUAGGUUGAGGUAGGAUGUGUGUGUGUGUGACACACAGACGUCACACAAUCUGUGUGUGUGUGUGUGUGUGUGUGUGUGUGUGUGUGUGUGUGUGUGUGUGUGUGUGUGUGUGUGUGUGUGAGUUUCAACCUUUGCCCAGAAGGGUUGGAUAUUCGGAAGACACAAUGAAGUUGGAAGACAAGCCAGUCUGGGCAGGAAGUGCUGUAUUAGUGUAACUGUGCCGUACAUCCAGCCCUCUUUACUCAGGAGAUCAUGAUGAAUACAGACCACCAGUCUGGAAGUCCUACUUGUACCAGCUCCAGCAGGAGGCGCCACACCCACGAAGACUCACGUGCACCUGUGAGGUGGACAACCGGCCUAAAUAUUACGGAAGAGAGUACCACGGUAUGAUCUCCCGGGAGGAUGCUGACCAGCUACUGAACCAGGCCGAGGGCAGCUACCUCAUCAGAGAGAGCCAGAGACAGCCCGGCACCUACACACUGGCCCUACGCUUCAGGAACCAGACCAAAAACUUCCGUCUGUACCACGAUGGGAAGCACUUUGUCGCCGAGAAGAGGUUCGAGUCCAUCCAUGACUUGGUCACCGACGGCCUGAUCACGCUCUACAUCGAGACAAAGGCGGCGGAGUACAUCGCCAAGAUGACCAUCAACCCCAUCUACGAGCACGUGGGCUACACCACCCUCAGCUUGGAGCCCACGCUCAAGAAGCACCUGCCGCUGCGCAGCGCCCCCGACCAGCCCGACGGCCUCACCCCCACCAGGGACCGUGGCCACGCCGAGGAGAGGAUUACGUCGCUGGUGCGGCGCUCCACCCUGAGGGAGAGUGACUUCGUGGCUCCGAAAUACGAGAAGGUCCAUAAUUUCAAGGUCCACACGUUCAGGGGUCCUCACUGGUGUGAGUACUGCGCCAAUUUCAUGUGGGGUCUCAUCGCUCAGGGAGUCAAGUGUGCAGACUGUGGUCUGAACGUCCACAAGCAGUGCUCCAAGGUGGUGCCCAACGACUGCCAGCCGGACCUGCGGCACGUGAAGAAGGUGUACAGCUGUGACCUCACCACUCUGGUGAAGGCACACAACGCCAAGAGGCCCAUGGUGGUGGACAUGUGCAUCCAAGAGCUGGAGGCCCGAGGCCUGCAGUCCGAGGGUCUGUACAGAAUAUCAGGCUUCAGCGAGCUCAUCGAAGACGUCAAGCUGGCCUUCGACAGAGACGGUGAUAAGGCGGACAUCUCCACCAACGUGUAUGAGGACAUCAACAUCAUCACGGGGGCACUGAAGCUGUACUUCAGAGAGCUGCCCAUCCCCCUCAUCACCUACGACGCCUACCCACACUUCAUGGAGGCCGCAAAGAUCCCAGAUGCAGACAAGCGGUUGGAGGCGCUCCAUGAGGCGCUAAAGUUGCUGCCCCCCGCCCACUGUGAGACCCUCAGAUACCUCAUGGGACACCUCAAGAGGGUGACCCAGUGUACGGAGAACCUGAUGACAGGGGAGAACCUGGGCAUCGUGUUCGGCCCCACGCUGAUGAGGGCCCCGGGGCUUGACGCCAUGACGGCUCUCAACGACAUCCGCUACCAGCGGCUGGUGGUGGAGGGGCUCAUCACCAACGAGGACGUCCUGUUUUGAGGGGUGUCCAGGGGUCUGAGACGUGAGAUCGCUGCCCCAUCCCAACGGAACAGGGGAUGGAAAGCAACCGUGCCAUGGUUGGAUCGGAUGACGAUCAGAACAACAUUUUAUUUAAUUUUGUUCUGGUUGUUUUCGACGCUAACUAAAAUAAGAGGUUUCAUCCAGGUUUUUUUUACCUGUUCAGUUUUGCAUUCUGGGGAAGACCAAUUUCUUUUUUAUCUCAUUUCCGUUGAUGAUUUGUUAUUUUCUUUCUGUGAUAUGUCUUGUUCUCCUGUCCUGGACCAAUCAUUGUAUUGCUUUAAUAUUUCACCUUUCAAAGGGGAAAGACUUUACAUAACACUACGUUAUAUAUUUUUUCAAAUAGUAGCCAUACACUAUUAACAAUCCACAAAGGCAUCAUUGAACUUUUACCAUAACUAGAACUACCAUCAAGCAGUACACACACACACACACACACACACACACACACACACACACACACACACACACACACACACACACACACGCAGAGAGGUUAAGGAGGACAUAUGAUGUGACUGCUUCAUAGAUGAGCUGAAUGCUAAAGAAAAGUUGUAUGAAUGAUUGAUGCAUAUUUGUUAAAUGCUCGACCAGGCUCUAUACAUUGAGACAAAAAAGGAGAUGUAAAAGCAGUAGCCAUUGUUAAUCGAGACUAUUUUGGCAUUCUAGUGACCACGGACGACGUGUACUGUGCAAGUCUAUGUCUCGGAGAUACUGCAGGGUUUUUAUUAGCAACAAAAGACCGUGGGCAGACACGCAACUAGGAACCAGAAUCAACACAUUCUGAAGCUGUACUUUAUGAAGAUUUAACUUUAAAUUGUAUGAAGGUAUGCACAUUGUAUUCACACGGUGAAGUGAAGGAGUUCCCUGUGCGCAACGUUCAACAUGCUGAGAAUCUGGAUACGUAACGUCCUCUUCUGAUCCGGUCGUUGUGUCGUCAGCGUUUAUUAGUGGAUCCCGCUAAUCUGGUCAGCGGCUCUGUCGGAUGAAAUGCAUGACAGGGUUAUAGGUGUCCUACAGAAACAAGUGAGCUCCAAGCAGUCCAUACAGUCUAAUACAUCGAAGCAAAAGGUGUAAAUUCAAAAAGUGUUUGUUAAGGCUAGCAAUUGCCUAUUUGGCAUAUAGGCCGGAAUCUGAGUCGGCUUGGUGGAUCUACUGUCUAAAACUGGUCGGAAUUGGUUAAUUAUUGUGUAUGAAGCGAAUAACUGGUUUUACACAUUAGUUUUGGGUAAGGUAUUCCGCAGAGCAAGAUACUCUUGAUGGCAAAUUAAUAUAUGAGAGGUCACAUUAGCACGAAACCCUGUAUAUACCGGUCGUUAUUGGCAUUGCGAUUGAAACAACGUACUCCCAUGGGGAGCAGUAUUAAUUAUAGAAUGAUUACAUGGUGAAAUGAAGAACAUUUAGGUUGGCUAUUGUUGCCCUGUUAAGGUUUGACUCUGUACAAUGGGCUGUGUUUACCUAGUGGCCAUCCUGGUUCUAAACACUAGCUGGGUGUGAACUUAAUGCGGCAUACUAUACUGCGCCCUGGCCCGGCAUUCAGUACCAAGAUGGCGGCGAGGUGAAUAAGGCCCAUGGCUGUGUAGAACGUACAUGACAGUGUCCGUAUACGUUGACUUGACUUGCCUCUAUCCUCCUCAAAACCCCCAUUUCUGUCGGGGGAGGGGGGCGUGGGCCAUGUCUGCUUGUUUUGUGAAGCGGUGGCUAACUCUUAGGGUUUUAGGAACCUUUCCAUUAGGUGACGUCAAAUAAUACAAUAAGUACAAAGACCACAUCAGCAGACAGUGAAUGAAGUGCGCCCGUAAUCUCAUUCUUGUGUAAAAUCACCUUUAUGUAACAAAGAGUAACAUCUGCUUUUCUAACAAGUACGCGUUGUGUUGAAGUUUGGAAUAUUGUCUUUAUUUUUGUUUUUGUUUUUCGGUUAAUUCCUGAGAUUCCUUUUUUUUUACCCAUUUAGAUUUCUUGGGAUGUUUUCUUGUGAAAUUGCUUCUUUUACUGACCUAUCUGUGAUGUAUUUUCUAUAUGAUUUGUGCAUGUUGAUAUUAAAUUAUUAAGUUUGACUUGAAUUGUGAA